AAAACCAUCCUUUCUUCUCAAUUCCUCUCAUUUCCUGUCCCUCUUGCUCAGUUUCGUCUUCUUGCAACCCAUCGUCUCCUAGAUCUUCCUCGCCCAAGAAUUUCUCCUGAAUUCCUCCUCCCAUUUCUGUUCUUGCGCUCAGCGUUCGAAUCCCCAUUUUUUCUGUCAGUGUUUCAAUCUUGACCUUAAUCUUGGGUAAAGCCUGCUCCUUGAUGCUUUCUACGGCGCCAAGGCGGCGCCUUUGAGGAGAUUUGCUCUUGUUGGAGCCGAGAAGAUGAACAAGGACAAGGCUCCGAUGCCGGGAGACGACGGCUCCGCCUCCGGCUUGCCUCCGCAGUCCUCGCGCCGUGCGGGGGCGCCGCCCUCUUCGUCGACCCCGCCGCCGGAGUACGACAUCAGCCGCAUGCCGGACUUCCCUACCCGGAACACGGGCCACCGGCGCGCACACUCCGAGAUCCUGAGUCUCCCCGACGACCUCGACCUCAGCGCCCCCGGCGCCGGCGAUGGGCCGUCGCUGUCGGACGAGAACGACGAGGAGCUCUUCUCCAUGUUCCUUGAUGUGGACAAGCUGAACUCAUCGUGCGGGGCGUUGUCGGAAGCCGAGGCCGAGUCGUCAUCUGCCGCGGCUGGCGAGGCUGAGGAGACCGGGCUGGGCCACGCGCCUAGGCCAAGGCAUCAGCACAGCCAGUCCAUGGACGAGUCCAUGUCGAUCAACGCGGAACAGCUGGUUGGGGCGCCGGGCAUGGAUGGGAUGUCGUCCGCAGAGGCUAAGAAGGCAGUGUCCGCGGCGAAGCUUGCUGAGCUUGCUCUUGUCGACCCGAAGAGGGCGAAAAGGAUUUGGGCUAACAGACAAUCUGCUGCAAGAUCAAAGGAAAGGAAAAUGCGCUAUAUUUCUGAACUUGAGCGCAAGGUGCAAACCCUGCAAACAGAAGCAACAACAUUGUCAGCUCAGCUGGCAUUGCUGCAGAGAGACACCACUGGGCUAACAACUGAGAAUAGUGAGUUGAAGAUACGUCUGCAGGCCAUGGAGCAACAAGUCCACUUACAAGAUGCUUUGAACGACACUGUGAAAGCUGAGGUUCAGCGGCUGAAGGUAGCAACAGGACAGGUGGCCAAUGGUGGUGGAGGGAUGAUGAUGAACUUUGGCACCAUGCCGCGCCCAUUUGGAGGUAACCAGCAGAUGUUUCACAACAACCAAGCGAUGCAAUCUAUGAUGGCGACGCAUCAGCUGCAGCAGCUGCAGCUCCACUCUCAGCCCCAGCAGCAGCCAAUGCACCCGCUGCAGGCGCCGCAGCUCCAGCAGGCGGCAAGAGAGUUCAAGAUGAAAGGGCCGAUGGGCAUGCAGGGCCAGUGGGGUGAUGGGAAGUCAGGGAGCAGCGGCAGUUGAGCUACUGACUCUGAUAAAAGUUUGGUGUCUGUGGUGGUUAGGAGUGGAGAUCGCUUGUUUUGGGGAUGCUGCUGCGCAAGUAUAGUUAUCAUUAACUCAGUUACCUAUCUAUAUAGGCUCAGUUCGGCUUCAGCUUCGGUUUAUCGUUAACUCAGUUACUUAUAGGUUCAGUUCUGCUGGGUCACAGAUGUUUAUCUGCUGGAUGGAGUCUGUUUGUAUCUCUUUGCUAGUUUAAGUGUAAAAAAAAAUGUUGGAUCCUUAAGAGUGCCGGAUGAAUUCUUCCGUUUUGGUCAGGUACUCACUCAGGUAGCACAUCACUAGGAUGUAUUGCAUCUAGAUAUGUAUCCUUUGGUGGUGUUGUUAUUUAACUCUGAAGUCACUGCUGGAUUUGGAA